UAGAGGUAUUAUUAUUUCAUUCAGUCACCAUAUUUUUUGGUUAUCUGAUAAGAGCUUUUCCCUUCAUUUCCACAAACACUUUGAAGAAUCUUCAAAAUCUUUCAUCUAUCUUAACAUUCAGGUCUCUGUCCCUCACCACUUUGUUUAAUUGUUCUUUAUUUCAAGAUUAUACUAUUUCCCAUGUUAAUAAUAUUUCUAAAACAGUUUAUUUAAUUUGUUUGUUUGAAUGGAUUUGCAAUUGUUGAAUAAAGAUUUAAACUUAACUGGUAAAAAGAAGAAAUGGGUUCUUCUUUUAGCAGCUUUUGGGCUAACUGGGUAUGCCGUUUUUAGGGUUUAUAAUUCACCCACUUUUAAUAGAAAAAGGAAGAGGGUUUUCAAACUGUAUAAAGCCUUUGUUACGAUUCUCGAGUCUAUUUCUGUUUCCGCCGAGAUUAUUGGUUUUGUUUCUAAGGAUUUAAGGGAGUUUUUACAAUCAGAUUCUGAUGAAAUCCCUAAUAGUUUGAAGCAGAUUUCUAAGAUUUCUCAAUCUAAAGAAUUCUCAGAUUCUAUUGUUGGGGUUACUGCUGCUAUAACUAAGGGAGUUUUUAUGGGUUAUCAGGGUGUAAAUUCAAGAGUUGGUUCGGAUUCAGAUUUUUAUGAUAGAUUUAUGGAUAAACUGUUGUCGGAUUCUGGCUCGGGUUUUGCUUCUGUGGUUGUUGGUAGUUUUGCUAGGAAUUUAGUGUUGGCUUUGUAUUCGAGUCAAGAGUCCGACAGUGGAUUGAAUUCGGGUGCUCAGAUGAACGGCGAUCGUUCGAUGUCGAGUGAGACCGACUUACCUAGAUGGGUUAAUGCAAUGUGUAGUGACCCUUGUAAGGAUCUUGUUUUAGAUUGUAUACAGAAGUUUGUGAGCACUGCUGUUGCUGUUUACCUUGACAAAACAAUAAAUAUUAACACUUAUGACGAGUUGUUUGCUGGAUUGACUAAUCCAAAGCAUGAUAAACAAGUGAGAGAUUUGUUAGUGUCGUUAUGCAAUGGAUCGAUUGAAACGUUGGUUAAGACAUCUCACCAUGCUCUAACUGAUUCAAACUCAGAUUCAAAUGUGGGUUCUGAUUCUUCUCGUGUUUCAGGGUUUGUUGUGAGACGUUCGAAUUCAGAUGUGAUGCCUAAGACUCUCAGCUCGGUGAUUGAUGGCAUGCAUAAUGUAAUAACGAUCAAACAACACGGAGAUGGAGAAAGAGGACUUUUCGGGUUAGGGGAAAGUAAGCAGGAGUCCGGUGGGAGUUGGAUGUCGACAAUGUCUUCUACCUUGGCUAUCCCGACAAACAGAAAACUUGUUCUUGACGUCACUGGGAGAGUGACAUUCGAGACGAUGAGGUCAUUGCUGGAGUUCUUGCUUGGGAAAUUGUUUGCCAGUGUGAAACGAAGUGUCCGUUCUCUGGCUGAUGCUGUCAUGGACACCGGUCGACAAGUUGUAAGAUAUGUUACAGAAAAAUCUUAUGUUGUUGCUAGUAUCUGUCUUUCACUGUGCUUACAUGUAAUGGGUAGCCCUUUGGAAUUGAUGCCUGCUUGAGUUUGUGAGGCCAAUUUUAUGAAUGUAAUUCAGAAUUGUAUGCUCCCAGCUUGCUAGACUUUUGAUACAAUGGCCCACUAACUCGUGGCGAACCAUGAUAUGAGGGCCAAAUUUUUAGGGGGUAUUCCGAUCUUUAAUAUGUAUUUGAUUCUGUCGCAUUGCAUUAGACUCAACGUUCAGGAAUACAAUAGAUCAGCGCUCGGCAGAUAUGGUGCUUCAUAGAUGAUGUUUGUGUAAUGUGCACCUUGAAACUUCAAAGAGUUUGGCUAUAGAGAUGGUGAAAUGGAGUAAGGUGAUUGCUGAAAUUAGACUUAGAUGAUAAUUAAACUUCAUUUGAUGAAAAUAAAUCUGAGCAUUAUGUAAUAGAAAUGUUCAUUAAUUGUAAUAUAUAUGAAAACUUUAUUUCAAUAUGACAUGAAAUAUUUUUGUGCAUUUGUUA